CUAGUUUAUAGGCUGAUACUGCGUGGCGAGAAGAACCCGUCUUUAUAGAGUCCGGUCAACUCUAAAACUAAAGGUCCGAACAUCUCUUCGUCUCGUUAACGUUCUCGUCGAAAUCAGAAUCUCUAAAGCCAAAUCUGAGAGGGAAGGAUGGUGGGAAGUGGAGCACCACAGAGAGGAAGUGCAGCUGCAGCUGCUAGCAUGCGUAGGAGGAAGCCAAGCGGCAGCUCAAGUGGAGGAGGAGCCUCUGGUGGUGGUGCAGCAGGAUCCAUGCUUCAGUUCUACACGGAUGACGCACCCGGUCUCAAGAUCUCCCCUAAUGUCGUCCUUGUCAUGAGCAUCGGUUUCAUUGCUUUUGUCGCUGUCCUUCAUGUCAUGGGCAAGCUCUACUUCGUCAAGUGAUCAGAGAGAGAGAGAGGCUUGAAACACCAAGCUAGUUUAGACGCUUGUUUUUAACUCAUGUUUUAAUUUUGUGGAGUAUUAAGUUUCUUGACAUUCAAAGUUUCAAUAUUCUUCAUAUACGAAGUGAA